AAAUGUUAUCAUUCUGUUGCCAUCAAGUUGGUCGUGAAAAUCCAAUCAAUUAUUAACAAAAGGGAGAAUUCGUAGCUAAAGUUGAAAUCCUAGGAAAAUGGGAAACAAGCCACGCCGCCAGCAAGAAAGAGUUGAAGUCGACGAGGAGGUGCGAACGGAGCGUCCCCAUAAAAGACCUACUUCCUGGCCCUUCUGGCGACUCGUCUACUGGCUGGGAGUCCUGAUCCUUGUGGCCGGCAUCGGUGUGGGCAUGUACUUCACCCUCAAGGCGGACUUCGGCGAGUGCUCCUCCUACGACGUGCGCUGCGAUUGAUGGCUCCCGUCGACAAAAUAUGAACUUUUAGAGAGAUGUCAGAGUUGCUCUUCCAACCACACUUCUAUAAAUUAACCAUUGGAAACCAUUGCUCAAAAAUCAACAACGUUAUAUAGUUCAUCGCUGGAAGAUUUUACAUAGUCUUUAUAGAAUCAUUAAAGAUAAACAAUAUUUAUUAAUACAUUAAGCUUGGUUAAAAUGUCGCUAUCAAUUUAUAUGCACUCCAUAUCCAGUGCCGUAUAUGGACUCCUCCAGCCAGAUAUUAAUUAAAUCCCGAUAUUGGAGCCUACCACAACCCCACCCACUUUAUUGUUACCAAAUACAAAGGCAAGGACGAAGCCAUCCUAUCUCCUGUUCAGCAUGCAUACACGCUUUGUGCAUGUGGAAUGUGUGUAAAUCUGGUGCUAUUCAAACUUAUUGGAGCGCUUCCUUUUGAUGGCGUCCUGGUUGACUCUUCAAUGGCGAAACACGUUUUAGUUGAAUGAAGCUAGUGAAUGCAGAUAUUUCGGCGUAUAUAAAAAAAACCCCUGCCGUUCCUUGUCGUUAUCUAUUUAAGUGUUAAUUAAUAGUCCUUAAUGAAAAAAAGUACAACGCGUUGAUAAAACUUUG